GUACUUGAAGGGCGCAUCAACAAGACACCAGACCACUGCCCACUGUCAUGCAACUCAUGUUCCGUCUGCAAUCUGCGAAUAAUUAGGCCGGCACAUCCAACAACAUGUUUCCUUUUGAUUCGGCUGAUCUCCCGCAACUCACACCGCGCAAAGCGUUCAUCGGCGUCGAUUUCCAAACUGAUUUCACGGCGAAAGAUGGCGCACUAGCAUACCCCGAGCCCAAAGGCUACGUUGAGCGCGCUGCCAAAUUGGCCACAAUCUUUCGUCAAUACGCCAAAACUACCGGGGGCGACGUGGUCUGGGUCAAGUCGCAGUUUGAUGCCACCCGUGCUGUCGACGAAGAGUCGAUCAUUGUCUCAGACGAGCCGCCGCCGCCGGAAACCAAGGCUAGACCAGCAGUACCCCAAGCGCUGCGGGCCUCGAGGCGCAGGCUCUCUCCCACCCUUGAAGAUGCAGUUGAAGCAGCUGGUCCACCAGAUGAUGAAGCUUUCCUCAGUCAGAAUGAGCCCAAGUGCCUCCACACGCCAGCGGCCAGCGACUGGGCGCCGGAGAUCAAGGCAGCCAUGGACACGACAGACAUGUCCUUGACGAAAUCACAUUACUCGGCCUUCAAGGGCACGCGCUUGCUGCACCUACUUAGAGCAAAGUUGGUGAUGGAGGUCGUGAUCUGCGGAUCCAUGGCCAACGUGGGUGUGUUGGCGACAGCCAUGGAUGCAGCCGGCCACGGCAUGGCCAUCACUGUGGUGGAAGACUGUUGCGGGUACAGAAGUGAAGCAAGGCAAGACCAAGCAAUCAAGAACCUCAUUGAGUUCACGGGCUGCGAGAUCGCAUCGUAUGAGGAGAUGCUGGAGACCAUCGACCCUAAGCUCGCCAGACCCAAGCAGCUCGCCAAGCCCACGGAAGCCACCAAGGAGGCCGCACGUCUCAGCAGUUCGCCAGACAUCGUCGACCCCAUGACUGGCUUGCGGCUUAAAUCACGGUCGCCAUUGGAUGCAGAAGGCAACGCAGCGGAUGCCACUGGGUCAACAGCACAUAAUAAGACCGAGUCACCUGCAAAGAUGCAAGAAGACACCACUGGGCUCCAAGCAGGAACUAAGCCAGACAUACCUCCAUCUCAGUCGACCCAGACUUCUGGCAGCCAAAAAGGUGUAUUGCGCGCUAUAGAUGCCUGCCUACAAGAUGAUGGUGCUGUCGCCGAAGAUAACCAAACGACUUGUCGGCAGAAGAACCUCUGCGAAGGCGAUACUGACAUCAUUGAGAACCUCUUGCCAAAGGACCUUGAGGCUGGUAUAUUCGACAAGGUCCGCGAAGAGGUCGAAUGGCAGCGCAUGUCGCAUCAAGGCGGCGAAGUACCGAGGCUCGUCGCCGUUCAAAGAGAGGUCGGAGACGAUGGAAGCAUACCAGUGUAUCGCCACCCCUCGGAUCAAUCACCGCCAUCUUUGCCAUUCUCACCAACAGUACUCGCCAUCAAAAAGGCAACGGAGAAGCACCUCGGUCACAAGCUGAACCAUGCCCUAAUCCAGUACUAUCGUGAUGGCUUGGACCACAUCUCCGAGCAUAGCGACAAGACUCUUGACAUUGUCCCGGGAUCAUACAUUGCGAAUGUCAGUCUGGGCGCGGAGAGGACCAUGGUUUUCAGGUCGAAGAGGGCUGAAAAGGACCACACUGCCUCUUCCGACUCCUCCAAGCAAGGCGCACCAAGACAAACUCAACGCGCUCAGCUCCCCCACAACUCCCUGUGUCGGAUGGGCCUCAAAACGAACAUGAAAUGGAUGCACUCCAUCCGGCAGGACAAGCGUGCCGAGCGCGAGAAAUCAGAAGCCGAGCUGGCCUAUUCUGGUCGUCGCAUCUCGCUGACGUUCCGUCAGAUAGGCACUUUUCUCGACAAGGACGAGACGGUCAUCUGGGGACAAGGGGCCACAGGGAAGACCCGUGCCGAAGCGAAGCCCAUUGCUAAUGGCCGUGGCGCUGAAGCUGUCGACAUGAUCAAAGCCUUUGGCGCCGAAAACAACAGCACCACUUUUGACUGGAGCGCACGGUAUGGCAAUGGGUUUGACGUCUUGCAUAUGAGCAACUCGCCCCGUUUCUUUACCUCUUCGGACUCUCAAGUCAACUUGCGCAUUGCACUGAUGCUUGCGGAGCUGAACAUCACGUAUGCAAAGGGCAGCGUCGACCCCGGUUCCUCAGAAAGCUCUCGGGUGGAUAGAGCGCAUGCGCCACCUGUCAAGUUUGUCGACGUUGACGAGGCCAAAUCCACAGUCUCGGGUGGUCUGGCAGUGAUGAUGUAUCUCGACAAGACGUAUUCUACAACAACCCCGGACAAGGCCUUCACAAGGCUCGAGGAGGCGUUGGACUUGGUGUCGGCAGUUGGCAGGAUGUCGGCGGAUGCGCAAACGCCCAGUGAGAUCGGAUCGCUUCUCAGCCCCUGGGAUGCAUAUGCGGCCGAAGGUGAUUUUCUCGCUGGGAAAAGACUCUCCCUGCCCGACUUUGUGGUCUGGCCCGUCAUUCAUGAGUUGCACAAGAAACACAGUGGGAGGGAGUUUCUGAAAGGACUUGAUCAUCUGGAGAAAUACUACCAAACGGUCAAGGAGCGGGAGCAAACAAAAAUUGCCCUGGAGAAGACAGCACCUCCCAACAACGACAACGAGUAGUUCAGCGUGGCUUUAUACAAUCAAGGAUUCAGGAGUCCCUCAAGUAAUAUCGACCCAAGCCAAUC